AUGCUUGCUUUUGUGUAUCAGUGUUUGUGUGUGACUUACAGAGGAUAAUGAGUUUGGAUGAGGUGUUUCAGAGAAACCUGAUCCAAUCACAACUUCAUUUCCAUUUGAGCAUUUAGGUCUGCACAUUAAAAGUGGAACUUCUUCAGAUCUUUUUCUUUUUGUCCUGAAUGGUUGAAGAAUGAUGGCAUGUGUUAAAGAGCUGCUCAUGAACUCACUGAUGGAACUGGCAGGAGCUGAUCUGAAGACAUUUCAGUGGAACUUAAAGAAUGAUGAGCGUAUAUCAAAUUCUGAAAUGGAAAAUGCAGAUAUCUUAGACACAGUGGAUAAAAUGGUGGCACGAUAUGGACCAGAAGAAGCGGUGAAGAUCACAGUGUACAUCCUGAGGAAGAUGAACCAAAAUCUUCUUGCUGAACAGUUGGAGAACAAACACAAGCAAGCUCAGGCUGAGGGCAAUAUGAAGACAUCUUCCCCUGUUGGAGCUGGUUCGAAACAGAUCUGGGGCUCAUUGGACCAUAAAGCUGCUCCUCAUGAUUACUCAGGGACCAGCCUAAGACUCAAGAACAAUUUAAAACAGGACUGUGAGCGGAUAUUGGUUGGUAAUUCACAGACUGGCCAUCAGAAAUACUUGAAUGAUAUUUACACAGAUCUAUACAUGGUGGAGAAUGAGACUGGAGGAAGAGUGAACAACCAUGAGGUGAGACAGAUCGAAAUUAAUCUUAAACAAUUUGAUGCCAAGAACACACCAAUCCAAUGCAAGAAUAUUUUCAAAGUUCAUGAGGAUAGACGAAACAGAAAGGUGCUGACAAUGGGGAUCGCAGGGGUAGGUAAAACAGUCUCCGUUAGUAAAUUCAUCCUCGACUGGGCUGAAGGAAAAGAAAACCAGGAUAUAUCCUUCAUUUUUCCUCUUCCUUUCCGUCAGCUAAAUUUGAUCACAAAAAAAUUUAGUCUCAUGGAACUGCUUCAUGAAUACUUCUUCAGUAGCCCUGAAGAACUGCCCUCUCUUCCUGAAGGUGAUGGUAAAGUCAUGUUCAUCUUUGAUGGGCUGGAUGAAUGUCACUUCUCUUUGAGCUUUAUAGAAGAUGACAGAUUUACAGACAUUCAUGAAAAAACAACAGUAAGUAAGAUAAUUACAAGCCUGAUUAAGAAACACCUGGUUCCCUCUGCUCUCAUCUGGAUCACAUCUAGACCAGCAGCAGCUAGUCUGAUACCCCGUAACUACAUUGAUCAGGUGACAGAGGUGCGAGGAUUCAAUGAUGAACAAAAAGAGCAAUUCUUCAAAAAUAACAGCACUACUGAGGUUGCUGGAAAAAUUAUCCGUCACAUCAGGAAAUCUAGGAGCCUGUAUAUCAUGUGCCACAUCCCCAUCUUCUGCUGGAUCUCUCUCACUGUUCUUCAGCCUCAGCUCACUCAAGAGAGCAAUAACAAAUCGCCCACAACUCUCACAGGCAUGUACACAAACUUCUUACUUUCACAGAUGCAGCAAAUGAAAACAAAAUACAUUGAUGAUCCUAAACUUAAAGCUAAUACCAGGUCUUUUGAUGAGAUUAUUCUGAAGCUUGGGAAACUGGCCUUUCAACAGCUGGUGAAAGGAAAUCUGAUUUUCUACAAAGAAGAUCUUGAGGAGUCUGGACUAGAUGUCAGUGAAGUGUCUGUGUUCUCUGGGUUAUGCACUCAGAUCUUUCAAGAAGAAAAGGCUGUUUCAUCAAGAAAAGUUUACAGCUUUGUACAUCUCAGCGUCCAGGAAUACCUUGCUGCUCUCUAUGUGUUUUUGAUUGGCAAAGAUGAGAAAGCUAACCUAUUUCCUCAAUCCUGGAAAGAAAAACUGACAUGGAAACUGUCCAAAAAUCCAUUGUUUCCACUUCAUAAGGCUGCGAUCAACACAGCUUUACUAAGUAAAAACGGACACCUGGACCUUUUUCUCCGGUUCCUCCUGGGUCUGUCACUGGAGUCCAAUCAGAGUGACCUGAAGGAACUACUGCCAGAACUGGAACUUAAAACAGAGAACAUCAAAGACACUGCUGACUAUAUCAAAAAGAUAAUAGAGAAGGAGAAAUCAGUAGAGAGGACAAUCAAUCUAUUUUACUGUCUGAGUGAACUGAAAGAUAACUUUGUGGAGGAAAUCCAGAAGAAUCUAAGCUCAGGAAAACUUUCAGCGCAGAAUCUCUCCUCUGUUCAGUGGUCUGGUCUGGUAUUUGUGCUCUUGAUGUCAGAAGAGACUCAAGAGAUGUUUGAACUGCAGAAAUACAGAAGAUCUGAUGAAGCACUGAUGAGACUGCUGCCAGUAAUAAAAAAUACCCGAAGAGCACUGCUACAAUGCUGUAAUCUCACAACUCAGUCUUGUGAGAGUUUGUCAUCAGCUUUACAAUCUUCAAACUCUGUUCUGAGAGAGCUGGACCUGAGUAACAAUGACCUGCAGGAUUCUGGAGUGAAGCUUCUUUCUGAUGGACUGAAGAGUCCAAACUGUCAGCUGGAGAUACUGAGAUUGUCUGGCUGUAUGGUCACAGAAGAAGGCUGUGGUUAUGUGUCUUUAGCUCUGAGUUCAAAUCCCUCACACCUGAGAGAGCUGGAUCUGAGCUACAAUCACCCUGGAGAUUCAGGAGUCAAGCUGCUCUCUGAUGCACUCAACCAUCCAAACUGCACACUGAUCAAACUCAAUUUGGAUCAUGGAGGAGAUUUCAGGAUUACAGCAGGACUACAUAAAUAUGCUUGUGAUCUCACACUGGAUCCAAACACAGCAAACACUCGUCUCAUUCUGUCUGAGGAGAACAGGAAGGUAACACAUGUGAGAGAGUAUCAGCCCUAUCCUGAUCUUCCAGAGAGAUUUGAUGAGUGGUCUCAAGUUCUGUGUAGAGAGAGUCUGUCUGGACGCUGUUACUGGGAGGCUGAAUGGAGUGGAGAUGCUGUUAUAUCAGUGACAUAUAAAGGAAUCAGUAGGAAAGCAGGGAAUAACUCUGUGUUUGGACGCAAUGAAAACUCCUGGUGUCUGAUCUGCUCUGAUGAUGCAUUCAUUGUUUGGCACAAUAAUAUGUUCACUGGCAUACAUGCCCCUUCCCGCUCCUGUAGGAGAGUAGGAGUAUAUAUGGAUGUGUCGGCCGGCACUCUGUCCUUCUACAGCGUCUCUGACCCAUGCACACUCACACACUUACACACAUUCACCACCACAUUCACUCAGACUCUCUGUGCUGGAUUUGGGGUUUAUGGUUUGAACUCCUCAGUGUUUUUGUGUGAGACUGUAAAGCCUAUGAGCAACAACAGAGACAUCACACACACAAUUGACUGAAGCGUUGAAUGCGUACGAAACUGCAUACUCACUGAGCAGGUCAUUACUUUCAGUAAGUACUUACUUAUGAGCGCUAAAAGUGUAGGUACUAUAUAGCCUGAUCGCGUUGAGUAUGAAUGCGAUCUGGACAUUAUCCGCCAUGUUGACAUUAUCAUUUGACCUAUGACGUUUUCUCAAGCGCGACAACUUAAAAGAUAUGAGCGACAUUUAAUUCAUCUAUCUGUAAAUAUCUUGAUAUUGAUUAAACUUGCUCAUUUUGUGGUCAUGUUUAAGAAACAGCUGCCCAUUUAUUUUGUGAUUGUAGUAUAGUAUAACCAAUAAAUUUGGGGUUAAUUUAAGUUUUAUAUUUUUAACCCUACUAAUGUAACCCUCAGUUUUAUCCUUAAAGAUAUUAUUUUUUAUUUUAAAAACCACAAUCGUGAUCUUUUGAAUAUGUUGUUAAUUUCUUUAUUUUAUAUGCAAAAAUGUUCAUCCACAAGCAAAAGUGGCUUAAAUCUCCUUAUGUUUUCCUUUUUUUCUUGUUGAAUUUAACUAUCAUUUCAUCCCUCAGGCUUAUAAAUAACAAAAUAAAUAAAUAUGUUUUUUGAAGCAUUAUGAUUAAUUUUUCAAAGAUA